GCAGCAGAUGUCUGAGCUUUGGGAUUUUCUGAUUUUUCUGUUCCUUUUAGGUAUACUUUUCCCAGCACUAUUUCUGGAGGAAGUUAUCUUUUCUAAAGAGUGUGUUUUGGGCACCUUUGUAAUGAUCAGGGAAACCAGAAACACUCCGUUCUGAAGCAACUAAUGGGAUACAAACUCAGUUUUCAGAGGAAGGGGUUCAGAAGGGCCAGCUGCAGAGAAGGUCUACAUUUCUACUGUUUUCACAACCCAGCCUCCUUUCAAGAAUCAGCUGCUCUCCUUCUCUACACCAAGAAGAAAGCUUUCCUUAUCACAUGUUCCUCACCUACCUACAGAGUGGACAAAUAGAGCAGAGAUAAUUUGCUUUCCCUUUUGAUGAUAAGAUCGUUGGAGGAUACACCUGCCAGAAGGAUUCUGUCCCCUACCAGGUGUCCCUGAACUCUGGCUACCACUUCUGCGGAGGCUCCCUCACCAAUGAUCAAUGGGUGGUGUCUGCAGCUCACUGCUACAAGAACCGCAUCCAAGUGAGGUUGGGAGAGCACAACAUCAACAUCCUUGAGGGCAAUGAGCACUUUGUCACUGUUUCCAAGAUCAUCAAGCACCCCGACUUUGAUGUGAAAACCCUGGAAAAUGACAUCAUGCUGAUCAAGCUCUCUUCCCCUGUGACCCUCAAUGCCCGAGUGGCCACUGUAGCUCUGCCCACCUACUGUGCACCUGCUGGCACUCAGUGCCUCAUCUCUGGCUGGGGUGAUACCUUGAGCUUUGGUGUGAACCACCCAGACCUACUCCAGUGCCUGGAUGCCCCACUACUGCCUCAGAUUGACUGUGAAACCUCCUACCCUGGAAGGAUCACCAAUAACAUGGUCUGCGCUGGCUUCCUUGAGGGAGGCAAAGAUUCCUGCCAGGGUGACUCUGGUGGCCCUGUGGUCUGCAAUGGAGAGCUCCAGGGCAUUGUGUCCUGGGGCUAUGGCUGUGCCCUGAAGGACAACCCUGGUGUGUACACCAGGGUCUGCAACUAUGUGGACUGGAUUGCAAACACCAUUGCUGAUAACUAAGAAUCCUUAAUCCUUCUGAAGUCACUAAGUCAAUAAAGUGAAUUCCUUACUUUC